AGAGGCCUGGAAGCAAACCUGGAGGUGAGACCUGGAGAAAGCUGGAACCAUGCUGACCUUGUGUCCUAUGAAGAGGCAGAUUCAGCACCUGCGAAGCCUGCCGUCAGUGCAGAUGAAGGAGAUGGGGGUCCCCAAAUCUGCCGUGUAUGUGGGGAUAAGGCGACUGGUUACCACUUCAAUGUCAUGACAUGUGAAGGAUGCAAGGGCUUUUUCAGGAGAGCCAUGAAACGCAACACCCGGCUGAGGUGCCCCUUCCGGAAGGGCACCUGCGAAAUCACCCGGAAGACCCGGCGCCAGUGCCAGGCCUGCCGGCUCCGCAAGUGCCUGGAGAGUGGGAUGAAGAAGGAGAUGAUCAUGUCCGAUGCAGCUGUGGAGCAGAGGCGGGCUCUGAUCAGGAGGAAAAAGAGAGAACGGAUGGGCACUCAGCCCCUGGGAGCCAAGGGGCUGACUCAGGAGCAGCAGACAAUGAUCAGAGAACUGAUGGAUGCUCAGAUGAAAACCUUCGACACCACCUUCUCCAAUUUCAAGGACUUCCGGCUGCCAGAAGCGCCCAGCAGUGGUCACGAGGUUCUGGAAUCCCUGCAGCCUCCAGCGGGAGAAGAAGCUGCCAAGUGGAGCCAGAUCAGGGAAGAUCUGUGCUCACUGAAGGUCUCUCUGCGGCUGCGGGGGGAAGACGGCAGCAUCUGGAACUACAAACCCCAACCUGAUAGCAGUGGGAGAGAGAUCUUUUCCCUGCUGCCCCACAUGGCUGACAUGUCAACCUACAUGUUCAAAGGCAUCAUCAACUUUGCCAAAGUCAUCUCCCACUUCAGGGAUUUGCCCAUCGAGGACCAGAUCUCCCUGCUAAAGGGGGCCACCUUUGAGCUGUGCCAGCUGAGAUUCAACACGGUGUUCAACGCAGAGACAGGAACCUGGGAGUGUGGUCGGCUGUCCUACUGCUUGGAAGACCCCGCAGGCGGCUUCCAGCAGCUUCUCCUGGAGCCGGUGCUGAAGUUCCACUACAGGCUGAAGAAGCUGCAGCUGCAUAGGGAGGAGUAUGUGCUGAUGCAGGCCAUCUCUCUUUUCUCUCCAGACCGCCCAGGUGUGGUGCAGCGCAGCGUGGUGGACCAGCUGCAGGAGCGAUUUGCCAUUGCCCUGAAGGCCUACAUCGAGUGCAGCCGGCCCCAGCCUGCCCACCGGUUCCUGUUCCUGAAGAUCAUGGCUAUGCUCACCGAGCUCCGCAGCAUCAAUGCCCAGCACACCCAGAGGCUGCUGCGCAUUCAAGACAUACACCCGUUCGCCAGCCCUCUCAUGCGGGAGCUGUUUGGCAUCACAGAUGGCUGAGAAGCUGCUCCCAUGGGAGAGCCUCGGAGGGGGGGCGGGUGCAGCCAGAGCCAGAGCCCUGUCCUUGGAGCCACCAUUCCUGGAUCCAGACAGACGGAUGCCGCUGAGAGCCGAUAAUGCCCUACCGGUCGUGCCCACCCCAGGGAAUCCACAACCACAGCUCUGGCAGUGCUGCCUAACAUUCCUCAGGGAAGGGAUGAGGGUCUCCCUGGACUCCAACCCAGUCUGUGGAGAGGGAAGCCAUAGACACUUCGAUGGAGAGUGCACUGGCCUGUCCAAGGGCAAGAGCACCCUCCCCUUAGAGAUGACCCUGUGGUCUGGGCAUCUAGUUUCAUGGUGGGAGAGGGGAAAGGUUGCCUGGGGCUGGGCCAUCUGAGAGUCUGUGCCCACAGCCAGGUUCAUUAGCUUCUUGGAUGUUUUCACUACAUAGCCCCGUGUCCCUCACCGCACUCAUUCCCAGCCCGCAGCCACCUGUCCUGACCUGCUCAGUGAGUUUCCAGGCCUGUUCAUCAGCAGGUGUAUCUGUGUCUGCGAGAGGAGCCAGAAGGCCUGCAGCAGAUGUCAGAGGCCUGUCAGGACCGCUGUGUCUAUUCUUUCUUCCUUCAGGACCCUCGUUCUGUGUCUUUGUAGCCAUACAAACACAUUCGUAAGCACCAACAACAUGCAGCUUUCUGUGGGGUAUUUGCCGAAUCAGACAUAGCUCCUGAACUCCAAGACUUUCAAGUUCAACUUAACAAAGCAGAAACACAAGUUUUGAUCCAAAGAAGUGGUAAGGGCCACAAGAAGCAAGAGGAAUUUCUUCCUGUGAACACUGAGCUAUGUGGGUUCUGCAUGCACCUGAGGACCCAAGUGAGAGAUCUCUGGAACAUGUGUUCGUGGGAGGAAGGGCACUAACUGGCUGAGUGCACAUGUGCGUGACUUAGUGUAGGUUGGCUCUGCGUCAGACCUGGGGCUUGGGUCUGCCCCCAAGGGUGGAACACUAGGGUGCUCUCUGCAACAAGGUUAUGUUAAUAAACAUGCUAGCUAUCACGGCC